AGGAGGCCGUGGGGGCGUCGGUGCGCAGGGCCCAGCCAUGGCCGCGUCCGAGCUCUACACAAAGUUUGCCAGGGUUUGGAUCCCUGAUCCAGAGGAAGUUUGGAAGUCAGCAGAGCUGCUCAAAGAUUACAAGCCAGGCGAUAAAGUCCUGCUGCUUCACCUCGAGGAAGGAAAGGAUUUGGAAUACCAUCUAGAUCCGAAGACAAAGGAGCUGCCUCACUUACGGAACCCUGACAUCCUUGUGGGUGAGAAUGACCUCACAGCCCUCAGCUACCUGCACGAGCCUGCUGUGCUCCACAACCUCCGAGUCCGCUUCAUUGAUUCCAAGCUUAUUUAUACAUAUUGUGGUAUCGUACUAGUAGCUAUAAAUCCCUAUGAACAACUGCCCAUUUAUGGAGAAGAUAUCAUUAACGCAUACAGCGGUCAGAACAUGGGAGAUAUGGACCCACAUAUCUUUGCAGUAGCUGAAGAAGCUUACAAACAAAUGGCCAGAGAUGAGCGCAAUCAGUCCAUCAUUGUCAGCGGAGAGUCUGGGGCAGGAAAAACAGUCUCUGCCAAGUACGCCAUGCGCUACUUUGCCACCGUCAGUGGUUCUGCCAGCGAGGCCAAUGUGGAAGAGAAGGUCUUGGCCUCCAACCCCAUCAUGGAGUCAAUUGGAAAUGCUAAAACAACCAGGAAUGAUAAUAGCAGUCGUUUUGGGAAAUAUAUUGAAAUUGGUUUUGACAAGAGAUAUCGGAUUAUUGGUGCCAAUAUGAGAACUUACCUUUUAGAGAAAUCCAGAGUGGUGUUCCAGGCAGAAGAGGAGAGAAACUAUCAUAUCUUCUAUCAACUUUGUGCCUCCGCAAACAUACCUGAAUUUAAAAUGUUGCGAUUAGGAAAUGCAAAUAACUUUCAUUAUACCAGUCAAGGCGGCAGCCCUGUGAUAGAAGGAGUGGAUGAUGCCAAGGAGAUGGCACACACGAGGCAGGCCUGCACGUUGCUAGGCAUUAGUGAAUCUUACCAAAUGGGAAUUUUCCGAAUACUUGCUGGGAUCCUUCACUUAGGCAAUGUUGGAUUCGCCUCCAGAGAUUCAGACAGCUGCACAAUACCUCCCAAGCAUGAACCGCUCAGCAUCUUCUGUGAUCUCAUGGGUGUGGACUACGAGGAGAUGUGUCACUGGCUCUGUCAUCGUAAGCUGGCUACCGCCACAGAGACGUACAUCAAGCCCAUCUCCAAGCUUCAGGCGACAAACGCCCGCGAUGCCUUAGCCAAGCACAUCUACGCCAAGCUCUUCAACUGGAUUGUGGAUCACGUCAAUCAGGCCCUGCAUUCGGCUGUCAAGCAGCACUCCUUCAUAGGCGUGCUGGACAUUUACGGGUUUGAAACAUUUGAGAUAAAUAGUUUUGAACAGUUUUGCAUAAAUUAUGCAAAUGAAAAACUGCAACAACAAUUCAAUAUGCAUGUCUUCAAGUUGGAACAAGAAGAGUAUAUGAAAGAACAAAUUCCAUGGACACUCAUAGAUUUUUAUGAUAAUCAACCUUGUAUUAAUCUUAUAGAGUCUAAAAUGGGGAUUCUAGAUCUGCUGGAUGAGGAAUGUAAGAUGCCUAAAGGUACAGAUGACACCUGGGCCCAGAAAUUGUACAACACACAUUUGAACAAAUGUGCACUCUUUGAAAAACCUCGCCUAUCAAAUAAAGCUUUCAUCAUCCAGCAUUUUGCUGACAAAGUGGAAUAUCAGUGUGAAGGCUUUCUGGAAAAGAACAAAGAUACUGUUUUUGAAGAACAAAUUAAAGUUCUUAAAUCGAGCAAGUUUAAGAUGCUUCCAGAACUAUUUCAAGAUGAUGAGAAGGCCAUCAGUCCGACCUCCGCCACCUCUUCAGGGCGCGUCCCCCUCUCCCGCACGCCUGCAAAGCCCACCAAAGGAAGACCAGGCCAGACGGCCAAGGAGCACAAGAAAACCGUGGGGCACCAGUUCCGAAACUCCCUCCACCUGCUUAUGGAAACCCUCAAUGCCACCACCCCUCACUAUGUGCGCUGUAUUAAACCUAAUGACUUCAAGUUCCCAUUCACGUUUGAUGAGAAAAGGGCAGUGCAGCAACUGAGGGCGUGUGGGGUGCUGGAGACCAUCCGGAUCAGCGCAGCAGGCUUCCCUUCACGUUGGACCUACCAAGAAUUUUUCAGCCGCUACCGUGUCCUAAUGAAGCAAAAGGAUGUGCUGAGUGACAGAAAGCAAACAUGCAAGAAUGUGUUAGAGAAGCUGAUCCUGGACAAGGACAAAUACCAGUUUGGUAAGACAAAGAUCUUUUUCCGUGCUGGUCAAGUGGCCUACCUAGAAAAGCUGAGGGCAGACAAACUGAGGGCCGCCUGCAUCCGGAUCCAGAAAACCAUCCGAGGGUGGCUGCUGAGGAAGAAGUACCUGCGCAUGCGAAAAGCAGCCAUCACCGUGCAGCGAUACGUGCGGGGCUUCCAGGCUCGAUGCUAUGCCAAGUUUUUGCGCAGAACCAGGGCAGCAAUCACCAUCCAGAAGCACUGGCGCAUGUAUGUGGUCCGCAGGAGGUACAAGAUCACACGAGCCGCCACUGUCGUGCUUCAGUCUUAUUGGCGAGGCUACUUGGCUAGAAACAGGUAUCGCAAGAUACUCCGUGAACACAAGGCAGUCAUCAUUCAGAAAUGGGUCCGGGGCUGGCUGGCUCGCAAACACUACAGGAGGAGCAUGCGCGCCAUUAUCUACCUUCAGUGCUGCUUCCGGAGGAUGAUGGCCAAGAGGGAGCUGAAGAAGCUCAAGAUUGAGGCCCGCUCUGUGGAGCGCUAUAAGAAGCUUCACAUUGGCAUGGAGAACAAGAUCAUGCAGCUGCAGCGGAAGGUUGAUGAGCAGAACAAAGACUACAAAUGUCUCAUGGAGAAACUGACCAAUCUGGAAGGAGUCUACAACUCUGAGACUGAGAAACUACGGAAUGACUUAGAGCGUCUCCAGCUAAGUGAGGAGGAAGCCAAGGUUGCCACUGGACGUGUUCUUAGUCUGCAGGAAGAAAUUGCCAAGCUCCGGAAAGAUCUGGAACAGACUCAAUCAGAGAAAAAGUCCAUUGAGGAGCGUGCAGAUAAAUACAAGCAAGAAACUGAACAGCUAGUAUCAAGUCUGAAGGAAGAAAAUACUUUGCUGAAGCAGGAAAAAGAGACCCUCAACCACCGUAUUGUGGAACAGGCUAAAGAGAUGACAGAAACUAUGGAGAAAAAGUUAGUAGAAGAAACGAAACAACUGGAACUUGACCUUAAUGAUGAAAGGCUGAGAUAUCAGAACCUUCUGAAUGAAUUCAGUCGCCUGGAAGAACGAUAUGAUGACCUCAAGGAAGAGAUGAGCCUGAUGGUGAAUGUGCCUAAGCCCGGACACAAGAGGACAGACUCUACCCACAGCAGCAAUGAGUCCGAGUAUACCUUUAGCUCUGAAAUUGCAGAAACUGAAGACGUUCCACUGAGGACGGAGGAGCCAAGUGAGAAGAAGGUCCCUCUGGACAUGUCAUUGUUUCUCAAGCUGCAGAAGCGCGUCACGGAGCUGGAGCAGGAGAAGCAGGCGAUGCAGGACGAGCUGGACCGCAAGGAGGAGCAGGUGCUGCGCAGCAAGGCAAAGGAAGAAGAAAGACCCCAAGUCAGAGGUGCAGAACUGGAAUAUGAGUCACUCAAGCGUCAAGAACUAGAAUCAGAAAACAAAAAACUGAAAAAUGAGCUAAAUGAGUUACGCAAGGCCCUUAGUGAGAAGAGCGCCCCAGAGGUGACCGCUCCUGGUGCACCUGCUUACCGUGUCCUCAUGGAGCAGCUGGCCACUGUGAGUGAGGAGCUUGAUGUCCGCAAGGAGGAAGUGCUCAUCCUGAGGUCUCAGCUGGUGAGCCAAAAGGAAGCCAUCCAACCCAAGGAUGACAAGAAUACAAUGACGGACUCCACAAUACUUUUGGAAGAUGUGCAAAAAAUGAAAGAUAAAGGUGAAAUAGCACAAGCCUACAUUGGUUUGAAAGAAACCAACAGAUCGUCUGCUAUGGAUUUCCAUGAGUUGAAUGAGGAUGGAGAGCUGUGGCUGGUUUAUGAAGGGUUAAAACAAGCCAACAGACUCCUGGAAUCCCAGCUCCAGGCGCAAAAGAGGAGCCACGAGAACGAGGCGGAGGCCCUGCGUGGGGAGAUCCAGAGCCUAAAGGAGGAGAACAACCGGCAGCAGCAGCUGCUGGCCCAGAACCUGCAGCUGCCUCCGGAGGCCCGCAUUGAGGCCAGCCUGCAGCACGAGAUCACCCGGCUAACCAACGAGAACCUGUAUUUUGAGGAAUUAUAUGCAGAUGACCCUAAGAAGUAUCAGUCAUAUCGGAUUUCACUUUACAAACGGAUGAUUGACUUGAUGGAACAACUUGAAAAACAGGAUAAGACUGUUCGGAAAUUGAAAAAACAACUGAAAGUGUUUGCCAAAAAAAUUGGUGAACUAGAAGUGGGCCAGAUGGAGAACAUAUCUCCAGGACAGAUCAUUGAUGAGCCCAUCCGUCCUGUCAACAUUCCCAGGAAAGAAAAGGACUUCCAAGGAAUGCUGGAGUACAAGAAGGAGGAUGAGCAGAAACUUGUGAAGAAUCUGAUUCUGGAACUGAAACCUCGUGGCGUAGCAGUUAAUUUGAUUCCGGGCUUGCCAGCAUAUAUCCUGUUCAUGUGUGUCAGACAUGCUGACUACUUAAAUGAUGAUCAGAAAGUAAGGUCUUUGCUAACAUCAACAAUUAACAGCAUCAAGAAAGUGCUGAAGAAAAGAGGUGAUGAUUUUGAAACCGUCUCCUUCUGGCUCUCUAACACAUGCCGGUUUUUGCACUGCUUGAAACAGUACAGCGGAGAAGAGGGUUUUAUGAAGCACAACACAACCCGCCAAAAUGAACACUGCCUCACCAACUUCGACUUGGCUGAGUAUCGGCAGGUGCUCAGUGACUUGGCUAUUCAGAUCUACCAGCAGCUUGUGAGGGUGUUAGAGAACAUCCUGCAGCCCAUGAUUGUCUCAGGUAUGCUGGAGCAUGAAACCAUUCAGGGUGUGUCUGGUGUGAAGCCCACGGGGCUGAGAAAACGAACCUCCAGUAUCGCCGACGAGGGCACCUACACACUGGACUCAAUUCUCCGGCAGCUCAACUCCUUCCAUUCAGUCAUGUGUCAACACGGCAUGGACCCAGAGCUGAUCAAGCAGGUGGUCAAGCAGAUGUUCUACAUCGUGGGGGCCAUCACCCUGAACAACCUCCUGUUGCGAAAGGACAUGUGCUCCUGGAGUAAAGGCAUGCAGAUCAGGUACAAUGUCAGUCAACUGGAAGAAUGGCUGCGUGACAAGAAUCUGAUGAACAGCGGGGCCAAAGAAACUCUGGAACCUCUCAUUCAGGCUGCUCAGCUCCUGCAAGUGAAAAAGAAGACAGACGAUGAUGCAGAAGCCAUUUGUUCCAUGUGCAAUGCUUUGACCACUGCACAGAUCGUCAAAGUGUUGAAUCUGUACACUCCCGUUAAUGAGUUUGAAGAAAGAGUCUCCGUGUCAUUCAUUCGUACUAUACAGAUGCGUUUGCGGGACAGGAAAGACUCUCCUCAGCUGCUCAUGGAUGCUAAACACAUCUUCCCUGUCACGUUCCCCUUCAAUCCAUCCUCCCUCGCGCUGGAAACCAUCCAAAUCCCAGCCAGCCUGGGCCUGGGCUUCAUUUCACGUGUCUGAACGUGACGGCCAGGCAAAUGUGGACAGCGCAUCUCUUGUCUGGAAUAAGAACACGUUCGUUCCAAUCAGCUACUGCAAGUAACAUUGUGAAAGAGGAAGUACUGAUUCUCGAACAAGAAGCUGUUAACUGGAAACCUCCCCUAGAACACUGUCAUCAUCACCCUGCAAAGAAAGUUAGGCUCCUGCAUAUUGUGUCACCUUUGGAGCAACACCCAUCCCUGAUCAGUUAGGUAGCCUGAGUUUAUGUGCAGGUGAGUGAGUGAAGAAGGAAAGAAGAGAGAAACAGGGAGGAAGGAAACGAAAGAAGGCAGAAGUGUGUCUUUAGCUGCCAGCAUUUAUUGGAAAUCCUCAACAGUGUGCUUAAGUGGUCUAAAAAGCAUGAAUUCAAGAUAUGAGCUGUUAAGAGGCAAGUACCAGCCAAGAACACGAGAAUGGAAAGAAAACUUGCCAUUGUAUACAAAUCUUACCAGUUUAGAAAUCAGCUGUGUGGAUACCGUCAAACUGGGUGAGAAAAGUAAACUGGAAAUAUGAAAAGUCAUUGGUAAAGUAGCUUCCUUAUUCAUGUCGCUAUGAUAUAGAGAUAUUAAAGAAUGUUGGUUUGCUAUAGAACAUAGAUGUCCAUUGGUACUGUAGUUUACUGAGCAUUUUUACAUUGCUGCUACAUGCUGUCUUCUUAAAAUGUAAGCGAUAUUAGAUGCUACAAUAAUAAGCUUAUCUUUUACUGUUUACAAUUCCAUCAAUUCACAGUUUUAACUGGAUUAUAUGCAAAUGUUCUACAGAUUGACCUGCACAAGUAGCAGACACUGGAUGUCAUGUAUUAAUAUGACAAAAUACUUGACAUUUAGGGGUAGGAGUGGGCAGAGUGCUAUUGUUGGUGUUGUGGCUUACUCCGGAUGUGUUACCUUGAUGUGCUUGCUAGUUGCCCUGGGUGGACAGUGCAUCAGGCUCAUCAGGCUCAUCAGGCUGCGUUGUUUGUGAAGUGACUUCAGUUAUCAGAUCUGAUUACUGCACUCUAUGUUUUCAACCUGGACGGGUUUUCUGUUUUGACUUAUUAAGACUUAAUCUCAGUCACUAUCAAGAAUGAAUUAUCAGAAUUUUAUUAUUCAAGUGUUGAAACUUCGAUUAUGAAUUAUGCAAAAGAAGGUAUAUAAUAGGUAUUUAGUUAGGAUUCAGGUUUUUUCUUUAGGCUUUGCAACUUCUGUAAAUGUCCUCAGAUACCACUAGAUACUUUACAGAGCAUCGUAGUAGAAUUAGCUUAAGAAGACUUAAAUAAGAAGCAUAACAAGACUGUUGAGUUUUACAGAGGAUUUGGUUCAGUAAGACCCAGAUUCUGUAAGGUUUCAUUCUGAAAUUCUAAUUAAAUAUGCUUUUCUUUUUUUUUUUCUAGAAGUGUUAUACAAUAAACUGUUCAGGUUGUACAAAAAGCAAAUUCUUAGCAUUCACUAGAAACCCUGAUUCUCAAAUACAAGCAUAGAUUUAUAUGAUCUAACCGCUACAUGGUCUAUAAAAAUGACAUAUCUUAUUGAAAUAUGUGCAAUAUUAUUUAUGGAAGUCAGUUUCACACCCAUGACAAAGGUUGUUAUUAAAUGAUAAAUAUUGUCUGCUAACUUAUUUGGACCUCAGUUUCCUUGUUUAUAAAAUAAAAGGGUUGGACAA